GGGUGCAAGCAGGGGCUGCCCGCCUUCCGACAGGCGCAGCCCGGCCGCGACCUGCUCGAGGAGUUCCAGCGCCGCGAGCCCUACAAGUACCUGCAGUUCGCCUACUUCAAGGCUAAUAAUCUUCCAAAAGCUAUUGCAGCAGCUCACACAUUUCUUCUGAAGCAUCCAGAUGAUGAAAUGAUGCAAAGAAAUAUGGCCUACUAUAAGAGCAUACCUGAUGCUGAGGAGCAUAUUAAAGACUUGGAGACAAAGCCUUAUGAGAAUCUCUUUGUCAGGGCUGUGAGAGCAUACAAUGGAGACAAUUGGCGGACAUCCAUCUCAGACAUGGAACUGGCUCUUCCUGAUUUCUUCAAAGCCUACGAUGACUGCAUUGCAGCCUGUGAAGGCUCCCGAGAGAUCACAGAUUUUAAAGACUUCUAUCUUUCCAUUGCAGAUCAUUAUAUUGAAGUCCUUGCAUGCAAAGUGCAGUGUGAGAGCAGUCUGACACCCAUUAUAGGAGGCUUUGUUGUUGAAAAAUUUGUGGCCACCAUGUACCAUUACUUGCAGUUUGCAUAUUAUAAAUUGAAUGACAUGAAGAAUGCAGCUUCUUGUGCUGCUAGUUACCUUCUGUUUGACGAGAAAGAUGAAGUAAUGAAACAGAACAUGGUCUAUUACCAGUACCACAAAGACAAAUGGGGACUUAAAGAGGAGGAUUUUCAGCCCAGAUCGGAGGCAGUUCGAUACCACAACAUUACUACACUACAGCUGGAAAUAUAUGAAUUUGCAAAGGAACAUCUGGUGGAUGAUGAUGAGGGUGAAGUUGUGGAAUUCCUUGAUGAGCUGUUAGAAGUGGAGGAAAAGAAGGAGUCCUGAUGAGUGAAACUACCACAGAGUAUUUUACAGAAAUGAAGACUCAGCAUUGCUCCUUACUAUUGUUUUUGAUCACCUGUAGUUCCAGUUAGAUAUACCUCAAAGGUGCUUCUUUAAGCUGCACCUUUUGUCCCAAGAUCCACUCCUGAAAGGUCACUUCCAUGCUGCACUUUCUGUGAGCAUGGUUUUUCACUGUGCAGAACUGGUGCACGUGAGUUUCCCUCUUGAGCUUUCUUUCCCUUGUACAAACACAGCAAAACAUACUAUUUCUGCUUUCUGGCACAGCACUAUGCUGUUCUACUAAGUUGUACCAGUAUGGCUGAAUUCUCAAGAACUUUUGUUAGUUAUGAGCUAUGGAAGACAUAGCAGUUCCUCUUUCUGAGCUAUGGAUUGUAUUAUUUAUAUAUGUCUUUUUAUGUGAUGGUGAAUAAAGUGAUAAUGCAUCCCAGUGCACCUGGAAGAUAUUAAGGUACAUUUAAAUAGCUGAAAUAAGAUGAUUAACAAAGCACAACUAAUGAUCUUGUAACAUUGCUUAAAGAAUUAUGAAAGCAGUGUUGAUCUUUCUUGAAAGCUAAAUUGAAUUCCACUAUGUGAAACUGAGAAUAAAAAUAAUUUUUUCUUCCUACCAGUUCUUA